CCAUGACAUGUGAGAGCCAGCCGGUUUCCCUCCUUUCUUGCAGCUCUCCAGCCUCUCCUCCUCGCUCACCGAUUUUCUCUCCCUCACUCUUUCCUCGUUUCCGAAAAACGGAAAACGCGCUCUCUCUCUCUCUCCCCCUCCAUUAUAAAAGGAAAGAAACCGGCAGUACCUCUCUUCUCAUUUCUCAAACCCAGCUUAAGAAGCUUAUCCUUAUUGUUGUUGGUCUUGUUGUGAUACUGCGCCUUCUCAAUCCCCAUUUCCGGAAAGAAAAAUGGCCCACCCUCCGACCCCAAUCUCUCCUCCUCUCAAGGAUGAGCUGGACAUCGUGAUCCCGACCAUCAGAAACCUGGAUUUCUUGGAGAUGUGGAGGCCAUUUUUCCAGCCCUACCACCUGAUCAUCGUCCAAGACGGAGAUCCGACCAAAACCAUCCGAGUGCCCGACGGCUUUGACUACGAAUUGUACAACCGCAACGACAUCAAUCGGAUCCUGGGCCCCAAGGCCAGUUGUAUAUCCUUCAAGGACUCCGCUUGCCGCUGCUUUGGUUUCCUUGUUUCCAAGAAGAAAUACGUUUUCACCAUCGACGACGAUUGCUUUGUUGCCAAGGACCCCACUGGUAAGGAGAUCAAUGCUUUGGAGCAACAUAUAAAGAACCUAUUGAUGCCUGCAACACCAUUCUUCUUCAACACAUUGUAUGACCCCUUCAGAGAAGGUGCCGAUUUCGUACGAGGUUACCCAUUUAGCUUCAGAGAAGGUGUACCUACUGCCAUAUCUCAUGGGCUGUGGCUCAACAUCCCCGACUAUGAUGCCCCUACUCAACUCGUCAAGCCUCUGGAACGCAAUACCAGGUACGUGGAUGCUGUUAUGACAGUACCCAAAGGCACCUUGUUUCCAAUGUGUGGAAUGAAUUUAGCGUUUAACAAGGAGCUGAUAGGCCCUGCUAUGUACUUUGGGCUCAUGGGUGAUGGCCAACCCAUUGGCAGAUAUGAUGACAUGUGGGCUGGUUGGUGCUCCAAGGUGAUCUGUGACCAUUUGAGUCUUGGAGUGAAGACGGGGCUACCAUACAUUUGGCACAGCAAGGCAAGCAACCCGUUUGUAAACUUGAAGAAGGAAUAUAAGGGCAUCUACUGGCAAGAAGAAAUCAUUCCAUUCUUUCAGUCUGUUGUCCUCCCAAGAGAAUGUACAACUGUGCAGAAAUGCUACCUUGAACUCGCAAAGCAGGUGAAGGAGAAACUUGGUCCUGUGGACCCUUACUUCCAAAAGCUUGGGGAUGCCAUGGUCACAUGGAUUGAAGCCUGGGAGGAGCUCACUGCACCACCACAAGCAAAUGAUCAGCCCACAAAAACACCUAUUAAGGAGGAGCCUUCUCCCAAGCCCAAAUAGAAAAUGAUUCAGAUUACAUGAAUGUUCUGAUUCUGUUAUGCUUUUCCGUACUAGAAUCCCUUUUUGUACGAUCCCUCUCGUAGGAUUUUGAGCUUAUAUUAGGUUUCAUUCCCAAAGUAUGAUCAUUCUCUUGUUAUUUAAUUAGCUCCUUUUUUUUAAUCAAAACUCCUUCCCUUUCCAAUAAUCAAAAUCUAGCUUCAUGAGAA